AUGUUAACUUUGGAUAUUUUACCUUUGGGCCUUUCCAUUGCUUCGUCAAGUAGUGCUUGUUCUCAAGAAGCAGUCAAGGCCUUAAUCAACACAACAUUAAAGGAACAUGCUGAGAAUCUGGAGAAAGUGAACAAAGUUGUGGAGGAUUCAGCUGCCACAUGCAAGGAAGCAACCAAAAAAGUCAAUAAACUAAUUAAUGAUGAUUGGUCCUUCAUGAGCGCUUUUCAGAGAUCAUUCGAUUCAAACACUACGAAGUCGUACGAAGUUAUUUCCAGACUUGGAUCCUCACUUCACACAGAGAAGGAAAAGCUCAAAGAGGUUCGCACUGGCCUCCAAAUUGACAAUGUCGAGCUCAACUCCUCCAUCACAUCCAAAAUCGUAAAGCUUCAAGAUGACUUGGCAACUGAGAGUACAAUAAUGGAUGCUCUCACACUCAAGAUAGAAAAAUUGAAGGUGUUAAAUGUCAAGCUUGAGAAUGCUGAGAAGAAGAUCAACGAGCUCUUAUCUGAGAGAGCUGUUGUAACAAGUUAUGUUUCUGCUGUAAACAUGUUGCUUUCCGAUCUAUUUUAA